AUGGACGAGUCCAUUGAGGAUCACGACAUGCUUUUAGAUGCCGAACUAGACGACAAGGAUCACAAGGAUGUUACCCUCAUAGACGCCCCUGCUGAGGCCGACAAGCUGGAGCCUGAGGAGAAGGAACCUCCAAUACGUGCUGACGACCACGCCAAGAUACUUGAGAGGCACCUACCGAAACUCCCCGACCUUGAAACCCUCGCUGAGGGGCAUUUCACUUGGGAGGUUGAUAGUUGGUCCACUUUACCUAAACGUCUAACAGGGCCUACGUUCACCGUCGGCGACACUCCAUGGAGGAUACUCUUCUUUCCCCACGGUAAUAAUGCGGAUUAUGCAUCCCUAUACUUAGAGCACGGUUUCGAGGAGAAACCACCAGAAGAUUGGUACCGCUGCGUCCAGUUCGCCCUUGUUCUGUGGAAUCCAAAUGAUCCCACCAUAUACUUCCCACAUCAUGCCCACCAUCGAUUCCACAUCGAUGAGGCUGAUUGGGGUUUCACACGAUUCUACGAGCUCAGAAAGCUUCGCGCGAAGGAAACAGACAAGGAUCGGCCCAUGAUAGAAGAUGAUAAGGCGAACAUCACAGCAUAUGUUCGUAUUGUCAAAGACCCGACAGGCGUCCUCUGGCACAACUUCGUCAAUUACGAUUCGAAGAAAGAGACGGGUUAUGUUGGGUUGAAAAAUCAAGGUGCAACAUGCUACCUCAACUCGUUAAUCCAGUCACUAUACUUCACAAAGGCUUUCCGAAAGUCCGUCUACCAAAUCCCUACCGAGAAUGAGAAGACCGACAACAGCGCCCUGACGCUACAGAGACUUUUCUACCUCUUAGAAACCUCCACCGACGCCCUCGGAACCAACGAACUCACCAAGUCUUUUGGAUGGGAAACUAAGCACAUUUUCGAACAGCAGGAUGUUCAAGAAUUAUGUAGAGUUCUCAUGGAGAAGCUUGAGGAGAAGAUGAAGGGUUCCGAAGCGGAAAACGCACUCGCUAAGAUGUUUGUUGGGAAAACUAAGACUUAUAUCUCAUGCAUUGACGUCGAAUACGAGUCGUCGAGGAUAGAGGAAUACUGGGACAUUCAGUUGACUGUGCGCGGGAAGAAGAAUCUCGACGAAUCAUUCCGAGACUAUAUCGCCUACGAAACUCUAGAAGGGGAAAACAAGUAUUUCGCUGAGGGGCAUGGACUGCAGGACGCGAAGAAGGGCGUCAUAUUCGAAUCAUUCCCGCCUGUGUUGCAUGUCCACCUAAAACGAUUUGACUAUGACUUCAUGAGGGAUGCUAUCACAAAGGUCAACGAUUUAUACGAAUUCCCAGAAGAGUUCGACGCAUCUCCAUAUUUAUCGCCCGAUGCUGACAAAUCCGAACCGUACGACUAUGUACUACAUGGGGUCCUGGUGCAUAGUGGAGAUUUUAAUGCCGGCCAUUACUACGCAUUCAUCAAGCCCGAGGCUGGUGGUCGGUGGUUCAAAUUCGACGAUGACAGAGUAACACCAGCGACCUUGAAGGAGGUUUUGGAUGACAAUUUCGGUGGCGAAUUCCCAGCAUCACAGCUUCUCGGCCCCUUAAGAAACCCAUAUACUAGGACUAUGAACCUUAAGCGUUCGAUGAGUGCCUACAUGUUGGUAUACAUUCGGAAAACUCGUAUGGACGAUAUUCUUCCUAAAGAGGACUUCGCGGCUCCUUCUCACCUACAAAAACGUUUGGACGAGGAGAAGGCAGCACGGGAACAGAGGCGGAAGGAGCGAGAGGAAUCCCAUCUAUACAUGGUCGCCAAGGUGAUUACAAAUGAGCAGUUCAAGUCGCACCAGGGAUUCGACCUAGCAGCAUGGGAGCAUCAGGCCGCGACUCUGCCGAAUGCUCCCAAGCACCACCGGGUUCUCAAGACCUCCACUGUUAGAUCAUUCGUGACUGCACUCGCGAGUGAUUUGAAACACCCAGCUGAAAAGUUAAGGCUGUGGGUAAUGGUUAACAGGCAGAAUAAGACAGUCCGCCCUGAUCACCCACUGUCCAAUCUAGACAUGACUAUGGAGGAGGCCGGGGGUAAAUAUGGAAUGAAGGGGUUGGACUUCAGAUUAUGGUGCGAAAUAGCCUCUGGCCCAGAUUACGCCAAGAUAAACUGGAUCGAGAACUAUACCUACAAUUCUGACGUCCAAUCAAUUUUGUUCCUCAAACACUUUGACCCAGAAACUCAGACGCUGAAGGGAGUCGGUCAUGUCUAUAUGAAGAAGAACGAUAAAGUCUCGGAACUGUACGGCGCGAUCCAGAACGAGAUGGGAUGGCCGUCAAGUACCCAGGUUAAACUUUGGGAAGAAAUCAAGCCUUCAAUGAUCGAGCCCAUGAAGCCAAAGCAGACUUUUGCCCAGGCUGAAAUCCAAGACGGUGACAUAAUAUGUUUCCAGAAGCAUCUGCCUGAGAAAGAUCUUGCUGAUAAGAUACCGGUGGGGGGCUACGUCGACGCCAAGGAAUUCUACGACUUCCUCUUGAACCGAGUCGUUCUUCACCUACUCCCAAAGCGUGGUCUUGCCGAAAAAGGAAACUUUGAUUUGGAGGUCAAUAGGAGGAUUAAUUACGAUCAGCUCGCCAACAGGGUUGCCGACCACCUCAGUGUUCCGCCCACACAUCUACGUUUCACAACAGUAGCAGCUCAUAGUGGACUGCCAAAGACGAUUAUCAAGAGGGGCAAUAAUUCGCUCUCACUAGCACAAAUGAUGCAGUCCUCCUAUAUGCAACAGGUUUCGCAAGAUGCAUUAUACUAUGAAAUUCUUGAUAUGAGCCUCACAGAGCUAGAAACAAAGAAGUUAGUGAAGCUGAACUGGAUUUCAGAAGGCAUCACUAAAGAAGAACCCUUGGAAAUCCUGGUCCCUAAGAAUGGAGUUGUUUCGGAUGUUCUGGAAGGUGUAGCCCAGAAAGUAAAUGUGCCCGAAGAAGAUGUUGAGAAAGUACACUUCUGGCAGGCACAUGGUAGCAAGCACCACAAGGAUCUAGCCCUUGACCAUAGCGUCGUCGGAAUACAAGACUUUAUCACUCUAUAUGGUGAAGUUACUCCGGAAGAGGCCAUAGUUGCAGACCCUGCUACAGAGCAGCUCGUUCAGUGCUUCAGCUACUCUAAGGAGCCAAGCAAGGCUCACGGUAUACCGUUCAAGUUUGUCGUCAAAGAGGGCGAAAUAUUCUCCGAGACUAAACUACGGUUACAGAAACGUACAGGACUGAAGGGAAAGAAUUUCGAAAAGAUCAGGUUUUCAGUUGUCAAGCGAUCAUCGUAUUCUAAGCCAACAUACCUAAAUGAUGAGGACAUAUUGUCAGAUCAAAUAUCCGAUGUCAAUGACGACCUAUUAGGUCUUGACCAUCCAGACAAAACACCGCGAGGCGGACUAUUCGGCAGGCAAGAACAGUCAAUAUUUAUUCGCUAG